AAAUUCUUGCUCACACCCAGGGUAGGAAAGUGAAAGAUAAACUAUGGGCCAAUGGCAUUUCUCCACGUAGGGCCUGGUGAGUCCCGCCCCCUGAAUGAAUCAGCUGCUGUGUAGCUGUGCUGUUCACAGGAGGAGCCAUGAGAACUAGAGGCAUUCCCACUCAAUCUCCCUUUUCUCUUGAGUCUCAGGAUCUUGUUAUCAUGCCACUUCUUCUGACAUAGUUUCAGAUUAACCCAGCCAGUAUUAAAAAUUAGAAAAGGUGCCCUUUUUCGAAAUUCUUCCAGUGUGCUCCUCUUGCUCCUGAUCUCACAGCUGAGUUCUGCUUCUGGGUGACAGAUACGGCCCAAGGAGAAGGAAAAACAAAGUUAAUGACUUUUAGAGAAUCGCAGUAGAUUUCUGGUCUGGACUUAAAAAUCUUAUAGGACCUAUGAAUAGAAAAGGAGCUGCAGGUAGGAGAGAUGUCAUAUUAUUAAGACUCCGAAACCCAGAGAGGACAGGAUGCUAGAAAUUUAUCUGGAGAGGGCCGGGCGCGGUGGCUCACGCCUGUAAUCCCAGCACUUUGGGAGGCUGAGGCAGGCGGAUCACGACGUCAGGAGAUUGAGACCAUCCUGGCUAACAAGCUCCUGUGGGGAAACUCAUUUGUGGAGACCAGCCCUCUGGUUUGGUGAGUGAAUCUGGUCUACACCGGCUCCUGCCCCGCCCUCACUCUUCUCCCCUGAUUCAAGACUCCUCUGCUUUGGUCUGAAGCACUGCAGGAGUUUGUGACCAAGAACUUCAAGAGUCAAGACAGAAGGAAGCCAAGGGAGCAGUGCAAUGGAUUUCUCAGUAAAGGUAGACAUAGAGAAGGAGGUGACCUGCCCCAUCUGCCUGGAGCUCCUGACAGAACCUCUGAGCCUAGAUUGUGGCCACAGCUUCUGCCAAGCCUGCAUCACUGCAAAGAUCAAGGAGUCAGUGAUCAUCUCAAGAGGGGAAAGCAGCUGUCCUGUGUGUCAGACCAGAUUCCAGCCUGGGAACCUCCGACCUAAUCGGCAUCUGGCCAACAUAGUUGAAAGAGUCAAGGAGGUCAAGAUGAGCCCACAGGAGGGGCAGAAGAGAGAUGUCUGUGAGCACCAUGGAAAAAAACUCCAGAUCUUCUGUAAGGAGGAUGGAAAAGUCAUUUGCUGGGUUUGUGAACUGUCUCAGGAACACCAAGGUCACCAAACAUUCCGCAUAAACGAGGUGGUCAAGGAAUGUCAGGAAAAGCUGCAGGUAGCCCUGCAGAGGCUGAUAAAGGAGGAUCAAGAAGCUGAGAAGCUGGAAGAUGACAUCCGACAAGAGAGAACCACCUGGAAGAAUUAUAUCCAGAUCGAGAGACAGAAGAUUCUGAAAGGGUUCAAUGAAAUGAGAGUCAUCUUGGACAAUGAGGAGCAGAGAGAGCUGCAAAAGCUGGAGGAAGGUGAGGUGAAUGUGCUGGAUAACCUGGCAGCAGCUACAGACCAGCUGGUCCAGCAGAGGCAGGAUGCCAGCACGCUCAUCUCAGAUCUCCAGCGGAGGUUGAGGGGAUCGUCAGUAGAGAUGCUGCAGGAUGUGAUUGACGUCAUGAAAAGUAAGAAAGUGAACAUCGUUGAAGUGAAGACUUUCCCAAGAUUACACAGAGGGGAAGACCUUCCCAAGACUACACACAGACAGGUAGACAUGAGCACAUUUCUCUGGGCUCCAGUGUCAGGCGUCUGCCCUCUACUGUCCUCAGGGAAGAGUGUCCAAGUGCAUCAGAGUGAAAGCUGGACAUUGAAGAAGCCAAAAUCUGUUUCCAAGAAACUAAAGAGUGUAUUCCGAGUACCAGAUCUGAGUGGGAUGCUGCAAGUUCUUGAAGAGCUGACAGAUGUCCAGUACUACUGGGUGGACGUGAUGCUGAAUCCAGGCAGUGCCACUUCGAAUGUUGCUGUUUCUGUGGAUCAGAGACAAGUGAAAACUGUACGCACCUGCACGUUUAAGAAUUCAAAUCCAUGUGAUUUUUCUGCUUUUGGUGUCUUCGGCUGCCAAUAUUUCUCUUCGGGGAAAUAUUACUGGGAAGUAGAUGUGUCUGGAAAGAUUGCCUGGAUCCUGGGCGUACACAGUAAAAUAAGUAGUCUGAAUAAAAGGAAGAGCUCUGGGUUAGCUUUUGAUCCAAGUGUAAAUUAUUCAAAAGUUUACUCCAAAUACAGACCUCAAUAUGGCUACUGGGUUAUAGGAUUACAGAAUACAUGUGAAUAUAAUGCUUUUGAGGACUCCUCCUCUUCUGAUCCCAAGGUUUUGACUCUCUUUAUGGCUGUGCCUCCCUGUCGUAUUGGGGUUUUCCUAGACUAUGAGGCAGGCAUUGUCUCAUUUUUCAAUGUCACAAACCAUGGAGCACUAAUUUACAAGUUCUCUGGAUGUCGCUUUUCUCGACCUGCUUAUCCGUAUUUCAAUCCUUGGAACUGCCUAGUCCCCAUGACGGUGUGCCCACCGAGCUCCUGAGUGUUCUCAUUCCUUUACCCACUUCUGCAUAGUAGCCCUUGUGCUGAGACUCAGAUUCUGCACCUGAGUUCAUCUCUACUGAGACCAUCUCUUCCUUUCUUUUCCCUUCUUUUACUUAGAAUGUCUUUGUAUUCAUUUGCUAGGGCUUCCAUAACAAAGCAUCAUAGACUGCUGAUUUAAACUGUAAUUGUAUUGCCGUACUGUGGGCUGGAAAUCCCAAAUCUAGAUUCCAUCAGAGUUAGUUCUUUCUGAGGUCUGCAAGGAAGGGCUCUGUUCCAUGCCUCUCUCCUUGGCUUGUAGACGGCAUCUUCUCCCUAUGACUCUGCACAUUGUCUUUAUGUAUAUCUCUGUGCCCAAGUUUUCCCUUUUUAUUAAGGCACCAGUCAUACUGGCUCAGGGCCCACCGCUAAUGCCUUAAUGAAAUCAUUUUAACAUUAUGUUCUCUACAAAGACCUUAUUUCCAAAUAAGGUAAUAUUCGGAGGUACUGGGAAUAAAAACUUCAACAUAUAAAUAUGAGGAAGUCACGAUUUCACUCAUAACAAUCUUACCCUGUCUUGCAAGAGAUGCUUGUACAUUAUUAUUCCUAAUACCUUGGUUUCACUAGUAGUAAACAUUAUUAUUAUUUUUUUGUAUUUGCAAAGGAAACAUAUCUAAUCCCUCCUAUAGAAAGAACAGUAUUGCUGUAAUUCCUUUGCAAUCUCUUUUCUUCCUCAUUUCCUCUGCCCCUUAAAAGAUUGAAGAAAGAGAAACUUGUCAACUGAUAUCCAUGUUAUCUAGCAAAGUACGUAAGAAUCUGUUACUAAGUAAUGUAUCCUUCAGAAUGUGUUGGUUUACAAGUGACACCCCAUAUUCAUCACAAAAUUAAAGCAAGAAGUCCAUAGUAAUUUAUCUGCUAAUAGUGGAUUUUUAAUGCUCAGGGUUUCUGAGGUCAAAUUUUAUCUUUUCACUUACAAGCUCUAUGAUCUUAAAUAAUUUACUUAAUGUGUUUUGGUGUAUUUUCCUCAAAUUAAUAUUGGUGUUCAAGACUGUAUCUAAUUCCUCUGAUCACUUUGAGAAACAAACUUUUAUUAAAUGUAAGGCACUUUUCUAUGAAUUUUAAAUAUAAAAAUAUUGUUCUGAUUAUUACUGAAAAGAUGUCAGCCAUUUCAAUGUCUUGGGAAACAAUUUUUUGGUUUUGUUCUGUUUUCUUUUUGCUUCAAUAAAACAAUAGUUGGCUCUA